GACACGGCGGUUACAAUACUAAGAAAAAUGAUCAACUGAUGGCUUCUUUAAAGCGUCUACUGAUGGCAGCAUUCCACGCAGUUGUAACGUGUGCGACAAAUCCAACUCUACUUAACAAGACUGGGCCAACAGUUUACAUUUUAGGGCUGACAGGGAUAUUUGGGUGGGGUGUCAGAGUAGCCAUUCCUUAUGUGUACCAGUCAUAUGCUGCCUGGAUAUGCCGAUGUUUUCAAAGUUUAGGCUGUUUCUUAGCGUUUGAGCUAAUGAUUAACUGGAUAGGCAUAGUGCUUGUAGAUUCCAGUUACCGAGUUGCAACAAAACCUUUACACGAAAUGUCGGCUGAGGACAAUCAAAAUAGUUAUUUGUCAAUACACAACUCAUACGGGCAAGAAGCUGGUCCUCAUUCGGCGACAGAUACUGUUCUAAGGCGAAGAUAUUUUACAUGGAACUAUUGCUUCAGAUGCAAUCUGAUGUCUCCUCCGCGGGCACACCAUUGCCCGAUCUGUAACCGAUGCAUAUUAAAGAGAGACCAUCAUUGCUACGUAGCUGCACGCUGUAUUGGAUUCAGAAAUUUCAGAUACUUCGCCGUAUUCAUUUUCUAUGCUGUACUGGCAACAUUGUUUUCUCUUGUACACGCUCUUCCAUACGCACAUUACGAAGUGAUACCCAAAGUGCCAAACUACUUGGACAUUUUGUAUCCAAUUACAUUGGUACGUUAUUGUUUAGGAUACGUCAAUUUAAACGAAAUGAUUCUAAUACUUCUAGGUUGGAUUCUGCUUUUUUACCUGAUCGCAAGCUUAAUCACAUUUCAAAACGUUUAUAGAUCCAUCGUGUCGGGCUUGACUAUUUUUGAAAUCCGCUCAACACUUAAUGUCCGCGACAACCGAAGUAUCUCAGGAAAACUGGGAGCCGUGUUUGGCCAAUACUGGUGGCUGAAUUUCCUGGUUCCAUUACACCAGAUAUAUCCCCCUAUCGACGACCCACUUUCAUGGCCAACGUUGUCCGUAUCGUAGAUUUUAAAUAUUAAUAACAACGAGUUUUUGUGACAGAGUUUGUGUAUUUAAACAACAUAUAUGCAUUAAGAUAUGUACGGCUUAUACAUAAACUAUGUAAUGUUGGGUUAAUUUACUUGAAAAAAAAAUGAACGUAUUAUCAAAUGUUUACAAUCCUUAAUGGAAGAAUCCUAUCUAGCAUUGUUAACUUAUGUUUUAUAUUGAUUGAUUAAAUCAAUAAGUGUC